CGGGCCCGGAGGAGCGAGCGGGGCGAGGGCGACAGGCGGGGGACGCGCUGAGGGGGAUGCUGAACGUGCGCAAGGACAACAAGCCCGCGCAGGCCUGCGCGUCGGUGACCGACAGGAGCUGGCGAUCGGGUGACACGGAGCGACGAGGGAGGUGCGACCCUGGAAGGAGAACCUUCCCUCGCCCGGAGAGUGGUCAAGUCAUCUGCUACCGUUGCAGACUGCCGGGACACAUCUCUCUUGGUUGCCAUGCCACACGGGGGACAACACGCCAGACUGCCAUCGCCGUCGUCUUCCCCUCGGCCAACCCCAUCUCUGCAAGUGUCCCCAAACAAGUCGCGGCACACCUCACACUCGGUCCUUGCAGUCACUUAACUCAUCACGCUCGGGCGUCAGUUCGUGUUCGUCCGGCGUUCACUCUCGUCGGGUUGCACAGCGGGAGAGUCGGGUGUUGCCGAAUUAAGGAUGUCCUCUACGACCUGUUCAGAGGUCGGAAUUGACCCAUCGUGUCAUUGCCGCGGCGGUGGGAUCGUCGGCUGUAAUUUUGACAAUACAGGGGGUGGAGGUACGCAUGCUAAUUGACACAGGAGCAUCCGCUACCAUCAUUUCUGCUACGAUUUUUUAUAUUUUCCCCCUGAAAUCUCGCGCCCUGUCUCUUGUUAACAUUCCAUGUUUAGCCAUGAAUGGCGGCUCAUUGGGAAUUGUGGGUUAAAUUUCGGUGAUGGUGGGUAUUGGGGACAUCCAGUUGACAGGACCGGUUCUCGUUUCGGAAUCCCUGGCCGUACCCUGUCUGCUGGGUAUGGAUUUUUUUUGGCUAAGAUGCCCCUAAAAAUCCUCGUAGACCAUUGUUGUAUUGAAUUUCCCUCUGGCCGUAGUAUGGCAUUUUUAUCUUCCCCCACCCGGUUGCGCACGGCACACACCAUGGUUCAGGUGCUGGCGAGCAGAACGGUUGUUAUUCUGCCUAGCGUGCAAAUGUUGGUGCGGCUGCGUAAGCAGUUCGACAAGGUGGACACCGCCGGGAGGAUCCUGUUAGGCCCCUCGAAUACAGCGACCUGGGGUUUAACAUUUCUGGGUGCGCAAACACUCGUUUCCAACGACCGGGAGCCCUUUAUCCAAGUCCUUAACGCAGGGUUAGGCGCAUCCGUGAUACAGGAGGGCACCGUCCUGGCCCACACGUCGGCUGCGGGUUGCGACGGGCUCAUUGUCGGGGGUGUGAAGGUUGGGUCGACCCCGGAGAAAGGAUCCGAGGGUGGGGAGAAGUGGGUUGAGGAUCCCUGCUCCGAGAAUCCCGAAUUGUCCGACAUGCAGAGGGCUGAGUUACGUUCACUCUUGCUAGAGUUCUCUGACAUUUUCAGUAAAAACAAAUACGACGUGGGCCGUACUACCCUUUUGAGCCACCACAUUGAUACGGGAAACACGGCUCCAGGUUAAGCCCCAAGGAAAAAGAACAUGUGCAUCAGGCGGUCGACGAUAUGUUGGCUGCUGACAUCAUUGGCCCUUCUAACAGCCCGUAGGGUGCUCCCAUUGUUCUGGUGAAAAAACACAACGGGAGUUUGCGUUUCGGCAUUGACAUUCGCAGACUUAACAAAAUCUCUGUGGCUGACACGUACCCCCUACCACGUAUAUAUGACUCGUUUGAUGUUCUGUCGGGGGCGAGGUUCUUUUCCCUGCUUGAUCUGCUGUCAGGAUUUGGCAACUGCCCCUAGAUGACAGCUCAAGGCCCAAAACUGCGUUCCGUACGCCACUAGGGCUUUUCAAGUUUAACCGGCUUCCGAUGGGUCUCCGCUCGGCUCCAGCUACAUUCCAAAGGCUCAUGGAGUUGGUAUUCACGGGGCUCCAGUGGGAUUCCUAUUUAAUAUUCUUGGACGAUGUCAUUGUCUUUGGUCGCACGUUUGGAGAACAUCUACAGUGAUUGCGAGCGGUCUUUCUUAAAAUGCGGGCCGACAACCUAAAAUUUUAACCCCAGAAGUGCCACCUGCUCCAGAAGUCAGUUCGAUACCUGGGCUACAUUGUAAGUGAGACGGGGAUAGCUACUGAUCCCCAUAAGACCGCGUGCAUACGAACAUGGCCGACCCCGAAAUCUGUAGGGGAGGUGCAAAGUUUUGUUGGAUUCGCCUCCUACUACCGUCGGUUUGUGCCCGGAUUCACUGCCACUGUGAAACCCCUCCACGCUCUCACGACCAAAGGUCAAACAUUUCACUGGGGGGAUGAGGAGGAGGCAACAUUUCUUGCGCUCUGAGACGGGUUGGUUAACGCACCUCCCCCGCUUAGAUACCCCGGAUUUUCACUGCCCUUUCUUCUUGAUACAGACGCCAGCAAUACCGGCAUCGGUGCCGUGCUAUCGCAGAUAGUGGACGGGGUAGAGAGCGUAGUAGCGUAUGGCAGCAGAGUCCUUUCACCGGCCGAGCAGCGCUAUUGCUUCACGCGAUGGGAGCUGCUGGCCAUGGUACCGUCCGUACCUUUAUGGCAGGGCCUUUGAGGUACACACAGACCAUGCCGCUCUUCAGUAUGCGUUGCGUAUUGAACAGCCAUCCGACCAGUUCUCCUAAUGGUUAGACAUCCUGCAGGACUACUUGUUUAUAGUUUCCUACCGGAAGGGUGCUCGGCAUGUAUAUGCGGAUGCGCUGUCGCGACUGCCGCCGGGUGACGGGUGCGCGUGUCUCAUUGGAUCGGGCCACUGUAAACCGGCUUUGGAGGUGUCAUCUCCCUCCUUUGUGGCGUCGGCGGAUGUUCCACCGCCCGACUGUUCAGAUGCUCCGGAAGCAUGCGAUUCCUCCAUUGGGUUGUCCCAUGCUGAUUGGGGGCGCCUCCAGGCGGAGGAUGCCUCCCUGUUAAAAUUGUGACGCCGCGUCGUGGAUGCCAGGGACGGGGGGGACUGCCACGGAGUAGCCUGCUCAUUCUUAAGGGGGGUCUGUUGAUGCGCUGGGAUGGCGGGUUGCGCUGCUAUAGUAUCGUUGUUCACAAGGAGCUGAUGGGUAAAUUAAUUGUGGCGAUGCACGAAUGCCUAAUGCACCUGGGUGUUUGUAAGACCCUAGCAACCCUCAGGUUAGACUUAUUUUGGCCUGGAAUGUCAGGUGAUGUGUACAAUGUUCUGAAGGGGUGUACACAAUGCGCUCGGCAGAAACCACCGCUAAAAAUGUGCUGCUGGCCCUUACAAUCUAUUCGGGUUUCCCGGAUUAAAGAGCUCGUCACGCUUGACGUCCUUGGACCCUUUCGACCACUAGUGGGCGUCGAAUAUUUCUCUCGUUGGCCUAUGGCCUGGCUGAUUCCCAACCAGUCAGCGGCGGUUAUUACGGAGGCGUUCCUUCACGGGUACGUGUUGGAUAAGCGGGCCCCGGAGCGCCUCCUUACUGAUCAGGGCAAAACAUUUUCUUUGAAAUUACUUAAGGAGGUAUGUGACCUAUUGGGCACCAAAAAGGUCCGUACGUCGCCCUACCACCCCCAGACCGAUGAGAUGGUAGAGCGUCUACACAGGACCCUGACUUCUAUGCUGAGUCAGCAGGUCAGCAAGUCCCAGGGCGAUUGGGAUUUACAUAUCCCCGGGGUGCUCGCAGCCUACAGAACGGCCCCUCAUGCGUCUACUGGGUUCUCGCCAUUUUUUUGUAUGUACGGCAGAGAGCAGGACCCGCCAAUUGAGUCCAACUUAAGACGGGGCCGAGUAAGUCUAAGGUCAACAUGUCCGAGCACAUGCGCCUUACCCUGCCAGGCUUCCAGGCAUAAUUCUGCCUCAUGGCAGUGGGCAAACGAAAGGUUGAGGCGACUCCGUGUGUCGGGCAGGACAUGGGCUCCAGGUGACAAGGCUUGGCUGCACUGUCCUCAAGUGCCGGUGGGUACUUCCCCAAAAUUGUACAAACCUUGGAGAGGUCCGGUCGACGUGAUACAGGCCGACAGGCCUCAAUGUGUGAAAAUUCAGUUCGGCCGAUGGUCCUGGUUUGUUCACCCGUCACGACUCAAACCGUUUGUUGCUCCGAGAGUGUCCCCUUUAUCUCCUUUACCCAAGGGCCGAGUGUCCAGUGUGCCCGAGGAGCUGAGAAAGGCAUCUGCUGAGGUCGUACCUCAGGGGAAUUCUGUGCCGCCCACAGGACCGAAGCGUCUGACAUCCUCGCCGGAUGAGUCAACCACGGACGCUCAGCAUGGAGCGGAUCGCCCGUCAAAGAGCCGUUCUCCGCCGACUGUUGUGUCUUCUCGAGCGGGGCCGCGCCCAUUAGGCCAUGUUCAAAUUCCCACCAGGUCUCCCAGGGAGCCCAGGCCCACCUCACCUGGGGGCCUGGCUACACGGACUCGUUCGAGGACUGCCAGAUUCAAGUAACUCCCCUACACCGUGCAGUGUUCCCAUGUAGUUUUGCUGCUUGUCGCACUCCUGAGUCGAUCGGGUCAUUGGCUGAACCUGGUCCUUCUCGUACUCAGGGGUGCUGUCACACACAGGGCGGGGAUAUGCUUUUGGGGUGGGGGGGAGCUGGGGUGCUGUACAUUGGCAAUGUUUUUUUUAAUUGUGUUAUUGUUGUCCUCUCUCUCCUCCAUCUCUCUUUCUUUCCCCCCCCUUUUUUUCUAAAUGUCUAUACAUUUUGUAUAUAUAGUGUUUAUUGCGCGGUCUGCGGUUAUUUAUUGAUGUUAAUGGUUGGGAGGCACAUCCUUGCGUUGGCAUUUUUGAGAGCCGGGACGGCUGUGUUUUAAGGAUGGGGGGGGGGGGGAUGGGGGAUGAUGUGGUGGCCUCGAGGGGACCACCGCGGUGUAGAGACAGUGCCGUGUGAGGGGUGGUACUGGAAGGGCGGAGCCCGGGUGUCGCUGAGAAGGGGGUCGCGUCAGGACGUGACCACGAGGUGAACCCAGGAGGACACGUGACCGGACGAGAGGAGGCAGGGAGGCCCCAGUCGGGGGUGAGAGGAUCAUGUGAUGGAGAUCCAGAGUCCCCACGAGAGUUCUGGAAGGGGGGCGUGGCCAUGGGCGGAGCCAGCCAGGCCAGGGGAGUUAUAAGCGGGGUCCCGAGAGGGAUCGCGGCGCUCAACUCUGGGAAUGAAGUCGCCAUCCUCGAUCCUCGUUCCUCGGUCUCCGGUCUCCACGUGUGGACCAGGCAGCCGUUAGCUGUCCGGGUCCAGCUAUAGAAUUGUCUCUCCGAGUGUCAGUUUAGUUAGCCGUGGUGGUCACCACCCUAUGCUGUUAUCCUGUUAGAGUUACCCGUUGUGUUCAAUAAACGUUUUGCCUACAA